AUGGCCAAGACCUAUCGGUCAGCCGUGGCACUGUUCGGUGUUUCCUCUCUACAAAGUGUGAAGGUCAUUCCUUUCUCGAAAGAUUGGAUGACUGUCAAGGAAACCCAUCGUGACAGGCUGUUUUCUUUUCUCAAAGCCUCGCUUGCCUCUUCAGCAUUGAAGAUCUGCACCACAUGGCCAAUGAUUGUAGCCGGGUUCGAGGCGAAGAGUGGAAACCUGUCCAUGCAGAGCUUCGUUCUGGGGCGUAUGAAGGAAGACAGUCAGAGGAUGGGAAUCUAUCUUCCAGUCGCAGCUAAAGAGGUCCUAGAGAGAUUUUAUGCCUCUGCAGGAAACACCUGGGACGAUUGUUUCGACAGUCCUCAUGCGUUGUUCACGUAG